AUGGCUAACAAGUCGGAGCUUGCCUGCCCCGAGAACAUCACCACCCUGACCAAGGCCGCCGGCAUCGAGGUGGAGCCAUACUGGCCCGGCCUCUUCGCCAAGCUGGUUGAGAAGAAGUCCAUUGACGAUUUCAUCGUCAACGUGGGCGCCGGCGGUGGCGGCCCCGCGGCUGCUGCCGCCCCCGCGGCAGGCGGCGCUGCUGCCGCCGUGGAGGAGAAGAAGGAGGAGAAGGUCGAGGAGGAGGAGGACGAGGACAUGGGUUUCUCCCUGUUCGACUGA